AUGAUAAAGACUCUUAACCCACAACAUACAUGUGUCAGAGAUUCAAACGAAAUCAAUGUUUCAUACAAGUGGGUUGCUGAGAAACUCUGUGAAGAGCUCAAGGCUGACCCAGGAAUGUCAAGAGAAGCCAUGUCAGCUAUUUUGCUAAAAAGAUUUGGACUUCAAGUUUCAUACAUGAAGCUGUGGAGGGCACGCAAGGUUGCCCAUGAAUGGAAUGAAGGUAAUCAUGCAGAUUCUUAUGCAAUGUUACCUAGCUAUGCAAGGUUGGUUGUGCAAACAAAUCCUGGUAGCAUGUUCAUACUUCAAUAUGAGGACAGACUAGUGGAUAUGUCAACUAAUCCAAUCUUCAAGAGAUGUUUUGUAUGUUACAAAGCAUGUAGAGAUGUAGCAGUUGAUGGGAAUAACUCUAUAUUCCCACUUGCAUUUGGAGUGGUGGAAAUUGAAAAAAAAUCCAGUUGGAGGUUUUUUUUGGAUUGUUUACAUGAUGCUCUAGGGGAUGCAAGUGAUGACAACACAUUAACUUUUAUGUCAGAUAACCAGAAGGGAUUGGCAGAGAUUAUUGGUGACCUCUUCCCGUAUUCUAAUAUUAGAUGUUGUAGUAGACAUCUAUACCAGAACUUCAAGGCAAAGUUCCCUGGAUCUAUAUUGAGAAGAUAUUAUUGGGCAGCUUCUGAAGCAUCUACUUUGGUUCUAUUUCAAAAGGCAAUGGAUACCAUUAAAUCCAUUGACAAUGCAGCCUAUGAGUGGUUGAAUAGGAAACCACAUACAUUGUGGUCUAGGCAUGCAUUUGAUUUGAGAUGUAAGAAUGAUUCUAUUACAAACAAUGUCACUGAGAGUUUUAACAGUUGGGUUGGAUCUUUGAGAAGCAAGCCAAUAUUGAGUUUACUUGACUCCAUCAGGAUUAAGGUGAUGGAGAGGUUAUACAAUAGGUACCAAAAGGGUUGCACAUAUGAAAGUAUGAUCACCCCUAAGGUGUUGCACAAAAUAGCAACUGUUAAAGAACAGUCCAGACAUUGUCAUGUCUAUGCAUUUUCUCCAUAUGAAUUUGAAGUUGCAGAAAAGUUUGUGAGAAAGUUUGUGGUUGAUUUGGAAAAGAGAAGUUGUAUAUGUAGAGUAUGGGAGUGUACUGGGGUGCCAUGUAAGCAUGCAGCUGCAGCAAUCUCAUACAAGAGACAGAUUGUUGAAGAUUACUGUGAUGGAUGUUACAGUAAGCAGAGGUACUUGGUGACAUAUGCGAAUAUGAUCCAUCCCCUCCCAAAUAUACAAGAUUUGAGUAAAGAAGGUCCACAAGGUGUUGUGCAGCCUCCAAAACUGAAGAGAUUACCAGGUAGACCUCAUAAAAACAGGAGGAGGGAACCUAGUGAGGGAGCUCCAGCAGAUUUUAGAAAGAGAAGUAGGACUGUGAGAUGUGAAAAGUGUAAAGAACUUGGACAUAACAAGAGGAGGUGCGAGAGAGCUCCAGUUAAGGAGAAGGGGGCAUCUUCUUCUAAUACUUCAAGGCCUAGAAAGGUUGUAUAUGGGUCUUCAAACAAUGUCAUGUGUUUUGAAGUUUUCGUACUUUGUGGAAGUAGGUUGAUUGGAACAAUUUAG